GCGAGAGCUAAUCGAUGUAAACAAAUUAAUGUGCACGCCAAUAUACACGCUUCACGCUUUCUCACUACUGCGAGUUCGGAAAUAGAGAAUCAAUCUCCUGGGGUGGAAUAUAUCGAGCAAGAUCUGGAGACACUGGCGUCAGCAGGAUGAAAUUUUCCAUGCAGACGGUUCGACAUGGGCAAGCGCGGUUAGGGACGAUCACCGACCUCGCCCGCCACCCAGAGAGGGCGCUGGCAACACCGUUGUUGCUGACCUCCACACAAGGGGGCAGUGUACCGCACCUGACAAUCGACAUGCUGGAGAGGCUACGAGAACACGUGUUCCCCUUACAGAUUACACUGCCAACUCUAGUUGAAUCCUGUGACACUCUUAAAGCGUAUAAAAAGGGAGUAGGAUCAUUUCUCGCAUUAGAGAAUCAUUUGCUGUAUCUAUCUAUUCAAGAUCCAGCAGUGGAGCCACCUACCGGAUAUAAUGAGAAGACCUGUGUGUCUGUCUGGGGUCAAAGUGGCAGGACCAAGGUUGAUAUUGAGGCAUAUAUAUCUAUUGUGGAAGCAUUUCAACCAGACUGGUUCCAAGCUCUCUGUGAUAGUGACACGGGCAAAGAGAGCUCUCUUAAACGAAUUCGCAAGUCCGUCGAUAGAACCAUUUCAUUUCUUGAUAGCUGUUUGAAGAUGCAAGAGGCAUCAAAGACGCUGGGUCGCACGAACAUCUUCGGCUGCGUGGAAGGCGGCUCGCACGCUGAGGAACGCAAGAGGUCGGCGAGAGAAACUGCCCUCCGUCCUGUCGCAGGUUUUGUCCUCGAGGGCAUCGGCGCGAUCUUCGCUGCUGCCGCCGACGACGAUGAUGCGGAUUGCGAGACUGCAUCUGCGCCGCGAGACCUCCUCCGUCUCACCCUGGAUGAGCUGCCGGAUGAUAAACCGAGGCUUCUUCCCGGUCCGCUGAAUCCCGGAAGCAUCCUGGAAGCCGUGGAGCUUGGCAUUGACAUGUUUGACUCGUCCUAUCCGUUCUUAGUAACCAGCCAAUCGGCGGCUUUGACGUUCCAUUUUGGAAUAGAUGGCACCUCUGCUGCAGAUUUGAAGAGAGCUGAUGAGACAGAUGUGUCUCCAUCUUGGAAAAUUCAGCUGGACGACAAAAGGUUAAGCGAUGACCUGCGCCCCCUGGUGGCGGGAUGCGAGUGCUACACGUGCACGACGUACACGCGGGCGUACGUCCACCACCUGAUCAACGUCGGCGAACUCCUCGGCAAGAUCCUGCUGAUGAUGCACAACCUGCACCACUACCACAUGUUCUUCGUCGCGAUCCGGCGUUCGCUACAGUGGAACGACGAUCUCGCCGAUCUAAAACGCAGCGUUGCAUCGCAGCGGGAAGAUUCCCGGAUUGCCGGCAGCUGACGACGUCGUCCGGUCCCACUGCCGUCGAGCCGAUCGCUCAUCUGUGGUUCGGAACGCACGUGCUGAUGUUCCGCGAAUGACGUCGAACAAUUGUCGAACACGCCUGUGUGGCGCGCACACACAGAUCGGCAUUUCUCGCGAGAGGAAUGGUUUCGCGGCAUCAAUUCGAACGCUUCCCUUUUUUUAAUUCCAUUUGGUUUCCGUUUUUAUUCCGUGUGGCGGUCGCUCGUCUCGCGCGUGAAAAUUAAAUGUCGAAAAUAACGUGUACGCGCCCGGGUUGAAUCGUAUUCUAAAUAAAUUUGCGCUCGAACGCGCUCUCGCUCUCUCGAUGCUCAUGUCUACACUGCGUCGCCGAUUGCUUUGUUCGUCUUUUCGCGAAGUCGUUCGUAGGUCAGUAAGCACGCAAUUAUGCCCCCGACGUAACUACGCAGAAAGGAGAACCCGGUCUCCCCCCCCCCACACACCCACACAACCACCCAGUCGAACACAGAGGAUGAGGAUGCUGCAGCCCGCGUGUGGGCUUCAUUAGGGCUUCACCGUGGGGUUGAUUAGAGUUCGUAGCGGCGCAGGGGAGGCGUGAAAUUCUUUGCUACGCCAUCGUCUCGUCUCGUUGCUCCCCGCCGCUCUGAUUAAAACCGACUCUAGCGCGAGCCGAUGCAUAAAAGCCCGACCCGCCGCCCGUACACGCUAGCAUAGAACGGCGAACGAGAGAGAGAGAGAGAGAGAAGCUAUCGUCACUCUCAUCGCAACUAAAACCAUCAACGUGUGCCAAGCCUUCGCCGACAUGAAGCUCUCUCUGGUGGUGAUGCUGUCGCUGGCGUGUGUGGCGACGUUCGCGUCGCUGGCGAGCGGACGUGAGCGGAGGGGGUGGCGGACGUCGGCCAUGCAGACGGCCCGCGGAUUUGGGAAGCGCGACGGAGGAGUUGGAGGAGGAGGAGGAGACGUGGAUGGCAUGGCGAUGGAUCGGCUACGGGACGAAGCUCUGUACGUGAACAGGCGAGGUUUCAAGACAUCCGCCAUGCAGACUGCGCGAGGAUUUGGUAAGCGUGACAUUGAAGAUGAAAGCACCGAUGAAGACAUCACAGACGAUCAGGAACGGAGGAACAACGUGAUGUUCCGGCGUUUGUUUGCCGCUGAUGUUCUGUGAACUAAGCAGGAGUAUGAUCGAUCUGCGCUGAUACGAUUGAGGGAUCGCGAACAUCAAUUCACACUGCUCUAUCUAAAGGUUCAUGAACAUUCACUCACACUGUUCCAUCUGAGGGUUCAUGAACCACAAUAUUGACGUACACUGUUCCAUGGGAGGGUUUACGAACCAUGAACAUAGAUCCACGCUGUUCUAUGUGAGGGUUCACGAAGCCAGAGCAUCUAACUGCGCUGGUCCAUCAGAGUGUUCACGAACCAUUAAUAUAGAUCUACGAUGUUCCAUUGGAGAGUUCACGAACAAUGGAUAUAGAUCUACGCUGUUCUAUUGAAGGGUUCGCGAACCAUGAAUAUCCAUCUCCGCUGUUCCAUGAGAGGGUUCACGAACCAUGAACACACAGUUCCGUGGGAGGCUUCACGAACCAUGAACAUCGACUUGCAAUGUUCUAUGGGAGGGUUCACGAACUACGAACAUCGAUCUACACCGUUCCACAUUCCAUGUUCUCCAACACGUACUUCGCUCAACACGAAUCGUGAAGCAUGUUUUGGACAAAGAUGUAACGCGGGCGGUGUCAUUCAUGUACGCAGCGCAUCAGUAGUUGCCUUAUAUUAUGUGUAGUUUUAGACAUCUCUCGUUGAUGGUAUAAAUGUACUUGAAACAUCACGUUUUCAUUGUAGCACACGAUUAUCGUAAUAAAACAUGCUGACCAAUUCA